AUGGAAGAAUACCAACAUCCAUUAUUCUUUAACGCUAAGGAGCUGACAGACAGAGAGAAGGAGAAGGUCAGGAGACACUUUCAGAAAAGACGAGAUUCUGGUGGUGGUGAUUGUGGAAUGAUUGAAAAAGUUGGAGACAACAUCUUUAAAAUCUGCUUUAAGGAAAAAGAAGAUCAGGAAAGGGUUUUGCAGAGGAAGUUUCAUGCUGUCUCACUUCCUUCCGGGGAGUUACAGCUGACUGUGAGCCGAACCAAUUCACCUCAGACCCCUAAAUCCUUUGAUCAGCCAUCAACUAGUUACUCACAGACGUUCAAAAAAGAGAACACAAAAGGCCUCGAGAAGAUUUUCAAGACAGAUGUUUUCCUCCUGUACUAUCUGAGAGACAACCCCAAAGCAUUCAAAGUCUUAGAGAAGCAGCUCUCUGCUAUUAACUGCAAGGUGGAGUUGGACUUUGAUGAAGAGGAGGCAGUGGUUAGGGGGGAUGUUGAGAAGGGGCCUGGAGGAGCUUUUGGCAGUGCUGCAGACACAUGGGAGCUACAGGUGGAUAAGGUCUUCAUCAGCCUUACUGAGAGCUACCUCUGCUAUCAUGUGGUGGAGCCAAAACUAGUGAAAAUCCUACUGCAGGACCUCAGCUUUGGGACCGAUAAUAUCAAAGUGUACACUGAGGAUGGUUAUGCUGUCGUUGUGGGAGAAGUUCAGGCUGUGAAGGAAAAAAUAGCGAUUCUGGAGAAGAGAUUGCCGACCCGUAAGGAACUCCCAGUUGUUGAGAAGCAGUUUAAACUGGUAGAAGAGGAGUUCAGUCGAGAAAUCCGUGCACAUUGCCCAGAAGUAAAAAUCCUCAGAGGUAAUGUGAAUUUGAUCAUCUUCGAGGGCCCUGACAAGGAAGUGCAGUUAGGAGUGACAACAUGUGAGGAACUGAUCAAAAAGAUAAAGGAAAAGAGAGUUAAGCUCUCUACAGCUUUAAUGACCUUCAUGGCAUCCAGUGGUGUCAUCUCCAAGUACCAGACUCGCUUCCAGCACAGCCUCAGAAACCCUGUUGCCUUAGAGGCUGGGUCAGACCUGGUACUGUCUAGUUUGUCCUCCGAUGCUCUGGAUGAGGCUGAGGCAGCAGUGCUGAGAGAACUGACUGGGGUCUCUGUGCAGCUGCAGGGUGCUUCAGCUGUACCUCCAGAUCUAGACAAAGUGAAGGAAGUCCUGAUCAAAGCCAAAAAUGAGGCAAACCUUCGAGAACUCAGAGUGGAUGUCAACUUCAUCCCAGUUACCAGUGGAGCUGCAAUGACCAAAGUACAGCUGGUGGGCUACAGUGAAAAUGUGAAUAAGCUGAGAGAGGUUCUGCAAGACUACCAAAUGAACCAGGUCAGUACACAAGAGGUGCUGGACUUACCCAACCCUGAUAUGGUUGACCAUUUUGAUAAAAUCUUGGGACUGAUUGGGAUGAAACCAACUGGGGUGACAUUAAAAGCCUCGCAUAUCCCGUAUCCUUGUGUGCUUAUGUCUGGUCCCCGUUGUCAAGUCCAGGAGGCCAAUUGGACCCUAAUAUCAACUCUAGCCAGUCUGACAUCAGACACACUAGUUCUAGAUGGACCAGGGGCUCAGCACUACUUCCAGAGAGAAGGAAAAGUCAGCAAGGAGCUGGUAGAGAGCUCCUGUCAGGUUCUUAUUACGGCACAAGGUGUGCAGCCCAGAAAUGUGAAUACUAGAUCACAAAGCAUCAGUAACCCAGGACCCAGCAGCAUCACACCUCAACUUUCCAUGAGCAGACAGCGCUUCAGCAGUGUUGGAAGUAUAGCGGUCAACAAAACAAACCUUCAGAUCAAACUUGGCAGUUUGGAGGAUGAGCAGGUGGAUGUGUUGGUGGUCCCCAUGCUUAACAAGAAGCUAACUGCUACUAACAUUGGCAAAUGUCUGUUGAGUAAAGCAGGGAACACAAUCAAGUCAAAGUUUGAGUCGGUGGCAGCAAAUUGCACCCUCCGCCCUGGAGAUGUUCUGCAGGUUGAUGGGCCCCCGUCUUUGGGCUGCUCCAAGAUCUUCUUCAUUGAGUGUUUGCCUUGGGAUGGAGUCAGAGGGCAGAGUGUGCAGGCUCUUGGUAAUGGGCUGAAGAGGUGUUUGGACCUCUGUGUACAGCAAGGCUUGAGCUCAGUGGCCUUUCCAGUUAUCGGACCUGGAGUUGUUUUGAAAUACCCGCUGAGAGAAUCCAUCCAAGCGCUGACUGAGAACAUUCGUCAGUUUGGUUUAUCUGCAUCCUCUGGGUCACUCGCCACCAUCCGCAUCGUCAUUAAACCUGAUUACCCUGACUCUGAGGAGUGCUACCAUGAUGUCUAUCGGCAGCUCAGCUUAAUCAUGAACCAGGGAGGUCAAGCAAUCUUCAGGUCUCUCACCACUGACCUUGAUGAGAUCACUAUAACAGUGGGAGGUGGGGUUAAACUACAGCUGGUGUUUGGUGACAUCACCAAUGAGACUACAAAUGCUGUGGUGAACACGACCGACUUCACUAAUUUCAGUUAUGAUGGUGUGUGCAAAGACAUCUUAACUGUAGCUGGACCAGAUGUGGAGGCAGAACUGAAAACAGCAAAAGUGAACCGGGGAGGCGUUUUUGUAUCCCAGUCUGGAUCAUUCCCCUGUGAUGCCAUUUUACAUGUGUGUGGAGAAAGGGAUGCAGGUGUUAUUGAACAACUUGUGUGUAGCAUCAUUGAUCACUGUGGAACCUUUGGAUUUGAGUCUGUGGCCAUUCCCGCCAUCUGUGCUGGUGUUGGUGGGUUGGACCCAGGUGUCGUGGCAGGUGCCAUCCUCCGAGGGGUCAAAGCUGCCUCGUCGUCCACUCUUUACAGUCUCACCAAGAUUCGCCUUGUCCUGAUCAAGAUCAAUGUUUUCCUCGCAUUUAAAGAGGAAGCAAUGCAGAUGUUUGCCACUGCUGUAAUCAACCGAGCGCCAGUACUUCAGUGUUCUCAAUCACCACAACAACAACCUCCACCGUCAAUGAACGCAGACCUAAGCAUCGUCUGUACCAUUUCUACAAGUCAGCAGUCUAUCUUCCAGUUUUUGGGUCUUUCCAGAAAGGAAGUUGAUGAUGCCAUGAUAAAGCUAAAGGAUCUGUAUGAGGCUCAGUGCUCCACACAAACCCUCAAAAAGGCAGAGCUGGAAGGCAUCACCCAAGACAACAUGAAUGAUCUGACGCAGCUGGUGGAGACCCUGGGUCUGUACAUGCAGAUGAACCAGGGUGACUUGACGGUGAGCGGCUUGAAAGAUGGAGUCGUCCAAGUGACACAGAUGAUUAAUGCCUUUCAGCACGACUGCCUCAGGAGAGAGGUGAGAGUUAGAGAGGAGGAGGAUUUGUAUGGCCGUGUGGCCUGGUGCAUCCUGGGACAUAAUGGCAACUGGGAGAGACUCCCCAAAACAGCCAAUCAUGACCUUGAAGUCAAUCAUAUAGCAGGAGGGAUAGUGGAUGCACAGGGCAUCCAAUGGACCGUGGAUCGACAGAGGAUGGAGGCCACAAGAUCAUUAAGUGGACAGGCGGCGAAGCUGAAACGACUUGAGAAUCUGCAAGACUUCACUCUCCCUUUGUACUGGGACAACAUGGCGAACGAUAAUAACCUGAUGGUGGUUGCACUGCAGCCUUCCUCUGCUGAGUAUCGAACUGUAAAGGAGGCCUUUAAACGAACUGUCACCAAGACUGUAAUGAAGAUUGAACGUUUGCAGAAUGCUCACCUGCGACGCGCCUAUGAAGUGCAGAAGAAGCACAUUUCUGAAAAGAACGGACAGGCCUCUGGAGCAGGUGAAAAGCUUCUGUAUCACGGGACGACCCAGGACAACUGUGACUCCAUCAUGAAAACUGGGUUCAACAGGCGCUUUGCUGGGCAAAAUGCAACUGCAUACGGUCUGGGAACCUACUUUGCUGUACACGCCAGCUACUCAGCCCAUCCCACCUAUUCAAAGCCAGCUACUGAUGGUACCCAGUUAAUGUUUGUGGCCCGAGUCUUGACUGGCAUCUACACACAGGGUCGAAGCGACAUGAGGGUUCCUCCGCCUCUCAACGACCAGCAGCCCCAUGAGCGCUAUGACAGUGUGGUGGAUAAAAUGGACAAUCCCAGCAUGUAUGUCGUGUUCCAUGAUAACCAAGCUUACCCAGACUACCUCAUCACUUUCAAGUGACUGUGAGGGAAACGUGAUGCGUUUUUGUCCAUGCAUGUUUUUAUAUAUGUAAUGAAAAAAAGGUGAGAGAUAAGCUUUUGAGUUAUAAAUAAUGUUUUAAGGUAUGUUUAUAGUUAUAGUUAUAUGUAACAGUGAUUGUCAUGGUUCUGUCCCAGUCUGGCUUUAUGUGCCUCCAC